GAAAAAUAAAACAUAAUGGAGGAGUAGAUGAGCAGAGUGCCCUUUAUGAAUUCUUUGAAGUGGACCUCUACAAAGUUGAAGAACAAUAUUAUGCAUUAUUUCAGAAAUUGAUCCAUCAUUAG